AUGGUAAGGCAGAAGCAGCUGCAGACGAGGGAAGGGUGGACACACAAGUCCGUCUCUCUCUCUCUCUCUCUCUGUGUGUGUGUGUGCAUGUGUGUGUGCAUGUGUGUGUGUUCAUUGCACUGCAGCUUGCCUCCAUCGCAUUCUGUGUGUGGGGCUGCGUUGCUGUUGGAGCCCAUGCCGUUGUCGCGGCCAAUGGCAGAAACGCCUUUGCAAGAUGUGCUGUGCUGUGCUGUGCACACUCAAUCACUCACUCACACGCGCGCAUCCAUGGCCGGCACACACGUACGUGUGUGUAUGUGUAUGUAUGUGUGUGUGUGCAGACAGGAGAGUCGACGGGCGCGGAAGGGUCUCUGCUUUUCCCUUCCCUGCCGCCGACAGGUCCGCAGGCCUUUCUAUGUGUCAUCAUUAUGCGAAUGGGAGAGUGUGUGUGUGUGCCUGUGUGCCUGUGUGCCUGUGUGCCUGUGUGCCUGUGUCUGUCUGUCUGUCUGUCUGUCUGUCUGUGCAGCUUGCCGGCGCAGCAGCUUGUGCAGAUAACGAGCAAUCGCACCGAUGAGGGGCAGGGAGGUAAGCUUGCAGGCACACCGCAUUGGUUGAUUGGGUACGUAUACGUGUGGCUGUGUGGUUUGGUUUGUGUAUUUGUGCGCAAACACACAGGGCCCUUCGGGCGCUACAUGGUCAUGAUCAAGAACAAGGGUGAGUUCAUUCGCUUGCCACACAUAGAGACACACUCAGACACACACACACACACACACUUCCACACCCGGUGAGUGAAGUGAAUGACACAACCAACAGAUUACCGUGGCAACGACAUCAGGAGCAUCGGGGGGGUGAAGAGCCAAGAGGAAUGCGCACGGAAGUGCUUCGAGCACGGCAGCUGCAAAGGUGGGCCGUCCAUCGAUCCAUCCAUCCAUCCUCCACCCAUCCAUCUGUCUGUAUGCUUAUCUGCCGACCUGAUACAAUUCCGUGCAGCAAUGUCUUACGAUAACCGCUGGGGGAGACACCGAUGUUGGAUCAAACGGACAAACAAAAACCUCCGGUCGGUCGAUGCGUUUCUGCACAUAACGUGUGUGUUCGGCUGGGCGUGUAUGUGUGGUGUGUAGGGUGCUCAUGAACGUUUUCACGGGCUUCAUGAGCAACGAGUGCAAAGGGGGAGACUACUGCGGUAAGCCAUCCAGUGGAGCGAGCAGAACAGGGGACGCGCUCGCACACACACACACACACACACUGAAUGUCUCUCAAAGUCUCUCUUUCUUUCUUUCUUUCUGUGUGUGUGUGUGUAGUGGACAGAUUUGGUGAGUAA